AUGUCAGCGGUAGCACCACCUCGAGACGAUAGUCUCAAAUCGGCCAAAAAGCGGAAACGACCUUCUACCUCUACCACUGCCGUCGAGAAGGGAGAUGUACCUCAACCAGUGACAGACGCAGACUCGACCAUGGCUGAAGCUACCUCAUCCAAGGUUACUCUCGACGGAGGAGUAGACGGAGCGAGAAACGUUCCUGGACAAACAUAUGAAAGGGUUCCAUUUUCUACUUUGAACCUCUCAAAUCCAACAAUGAAUGCUAUCCAACGUAUUGGAUUUGAGACGAUGACCGAAGUUCAAGCUAGAACCAUACCCCCUCUUUUGGCUGGUAAGGAUGUUUUGGGUGCGGCUAGAACUGGAUCAGGUAAAACGAUGGCUUUUCUGGUUCCCAGUGUGGAACUGUUGAGUACACUGAGGUUCAAACCUGUCAAUGGAACCGGUGUGAUCAUCAUUUCGCCAACUCGAGAACUUGCUCUUCAGAUAUUCGGAGUAGCCAAAGAACUCAUGCAAGGUCAUUCUCAGACGUUUGGUGUAUUGAUGGGCGGAGCGAAUAGAAAGGCAGAAGCGGACAAGUUGGUCAAAGGUGUCAACUUGAUCGUAGCUACACCAGGUAGAUUACUCGACCACUUGCAGAACACUAAAGGAUUCGUGUUCAAGAACCUCAAAGCUUUGGUCAUUGACGAAGCUGAUAGGAUUUUGGAGAUUGGAUUCGAGGAGGAGAUGAAGCAGAUCAUCAAGCUGUUGCCAUCUGAAAACCGUCAAUCCAUGCUUUUCUCAGCCACUCAAACAACGAAAGUUACCGACCUCGCCCGUAUCUCCCUUCGACCAGGUCCAUUGUACAUCAACGUAGACGAGGAGAAACAAGCCUCGACAGUGGAUAUGUUAGAACAAGGUUACGUAGUUUGUGAAUCCGACAAGAGGUUCAUGCUUUUGUUCACCUUCUUGAGGAAGAAUUUGAAGAAGAAAGUUAUCGUUUUCUUUUCGAGUUGUAAUUCAGUCAACUACCAUGCGGAAUUAUUGAAUUACAUUGACGUUCCUGUAUUGGAUCUACAUGGUAAACAAAAACAACAAAAGCGUACCAAUACGUUCUUCGAAUUCUGUAAUGCCCCCUCAGGUAUAUUGCUCUGUACGGACGUAGCUGCAAGAGGUCUCGAUAUACCAAAAGUAGAUUGGAUCAUCCAAUUCGACCCACCUGAUGAUCCAAGGGAUUAUAUCCAUAGAGUAGGAAGAACUGCCAGAGCAGGUAAAACUGGGAAAUCAUUAUUGUUCCUAUUACCUUCUGAAUUGGGUUUCUUGAGGUUCUUGAAAGUUGCCAAAGUCCCUUUGAACGAAUAUCAAUUCCCUCAAAAGAAGAUCGCAGAUGUUCAAAAACAGCUUGAAAACCUCAUCUCAAAGAAUCAUUACCUGAAUACCUCCGCAAGAGACGGCUACAGAUCAUACCUUCAAUCAUACGCUUCAUACUCCCUCAAGAAGAUAUUCGAUGUAAAUAAAUUAGAUUUAGCUAAAGUAGGUAAAGCCUUUGGAUUUAGCGUUCCUCCCAAAGUAAACAUCUCAGUCGGUACGGCUAAAGCGAAGAAGGAAAAGAAUGACGACAGUGAUGAAGAAGAUGAUGGUGUUCCAAAGAAAGCCUUCUAUAGGAAUAGGAAGAAGGGAAAAUUCCAAUCUUAG